GAUUAAGCAGAAGACAGGAACAACAGAAGCUAAAACUAACGGCGUUAGCACCAACCAUUUGGUUAGUAUAGCGGAUAAAAGAGCUCAUAUUUCACAUUCUCAUACAGGACACGGCCUCACCAUCUUUCUCUUUAGCUUCAGAAGGCCCCUCCUCCUCCUCCCACCACCACCAUCCUUUUAAGCUCUUUCAUUAUUCCCUUGUCGCUCUUACACCGCCAGCCCGACUGGGAGGCGGUCCUGUGGGACUGCUAGAAAAGUUACAGAAGUAAUAAUUCAUUUUUAAAGGUCUCUUUCUGUGUGUUCUUGAGAGAGCACUGCCAGCUGCAAUUUCAAGUUCAAGUCAGCUAAUAUAUAUACACACACAUACAUCAUAAUGAAGAUGGGAGAGAUUCCAGGAGCCCAGUUGGGCGUUAUUGGCGCGUUGUUUCUUUCUGUGGCGUCGUCUGUGUCCAUUGUCAUCUGUAACAAGGCCUUGAUGAGCAAUCUUGGAUUUCCAUUUGCCACAACACUGACUAGUUGGCAUCUGAUAGUAACAUACUGUUCUCUUCAUGUGGCGCUGCGCUUAAACUUCUUUGAGAACAAACCAAUCGACAUGAAAACGAUAAUGCUCUUUGGCAUUUUAAAUGGUAUUUCAGUCGGCUUUCUAAACUUGAGCUUGGGAUUCAACUCGAUUGGCUUCUACCAGAUGACAAAACUUGCAAUUAUACCUUUUACCGUACUCUUGGAAACCAUUUUCUUGAAAAAACAGUUCAGCCAGAAGAUUAAAUUAUCUCUAUUCGUCCUGCUUCUUGGAGUUGGCAUUGCAUCCAUAACUGAUCUUCAGCUCAAUUUUGUUGGCUCAAUCCUAUCACUUCUAGCCAUUUUAACAACUUGUGUUGGCCAAAUUCUCACAAACACAAUACAGAAGAGGCUGAAUGUAUCAUCUACUCAGCUGCUGUACCAAUCUGCCCCAUUUCAAGCUGCUGUUCUUUUCGUUUCGGGCCCUUUUGUGGAUCAAUGCCUAACCAAACAGAAUGUUUUUGCACACAAAUAUUCUACUGUUGUGUUGGCUUUCAUUCUACUUUCGUGUGUAAUAGCCGUUUUCGUGAACUUCAGCACAUUCUUAGUGAUUGGAAAGACAUCACCAGUUACAUAUCAAGUACUAGGUCAUCUCAAAACAUGUCUUGUUCUCGCAUUUGGUUACACACUUCUCCAUGAUCCUUUCAAUGCAAGAAAUAUUCUUGGUAUACUAAUUGCAAUUAUUGGAAUGGGGUUGUAUUCAUAUUUCUGCACCAAUGAAAGUAAAAAGAAACAAGGGGGAGAUGUUUCAUCCAUGCCUCAGGUACUGAUGAUUAAGAAAAAUCGUAGUGCUUUGUCUUCCUCGUCAUGUUCGUGA